ACUGCAAAUCCCAGCGUCCCCUGCGCGCGGCCCCGGCGCGGCCCGUCCGGCCGCGGCGACGGCGAGGGGCGGUGGCCGGCGGCGGGAGAUUCAAACUCCGAGAGGACAUGGAGGCGAGCGGCGCGGCCCAGGGCCGGGCGGUCUAUGAGCGCCUCACGGCCGAGGAGAUGGACGAGCAGAGGAGGCAGAACGUGGCCUAUCAGUACCUGUGCCGGCUGGAGGAGGCCAAGCGCUGGAUGGAGGCCUGCCUGAAGGAGGAGCUGCCUUCCCCGGUGGAGCUGGAGGACAGCCUCCGGAACGGGGUGCUGCUGGCCAAGCUGGGCCACUGCUUCGCGCCCUCCGUGGUCCCCCCGAAGAAGAUCUAUGACAUGCAGCAGCUGCGGUAUCGGGCGACCGGCUUGCAUUUCCGCCACACGGACAACAUCAACCUCUGGCUGUCCGCCAUCGCCCACGUCGGUCUGCCUCCGACCUUCUUCCCGGAGACCACAGACAUCUACGACAAAAAGAACAUGCCCCGGGUGGUGUACUGCCUGCACGCGCUCAGUCUCUUCCUCUUCCGGCUGGGCCUGGCUCCUCAGAUACACGACCUGUACGGGAAGGUGAAGUUCACGGCCGAGGAAGUCAGCCACAUGGCCUCUGAGCUGGCCAGAUACGGCCUCCAGCUGCCUGCCUUCAGCAAAAUCGGAGGCAUCCUGGCCAGCGAGCUGUCGGGGGACGAGGCUGCAGUCCACGCUGCCGUGCUGGCCAUCAACGAGGCCGUGGAGCGCGGGGUGGCUGAGGACACGCUGGCUGCCUUGCAGAACCCCAGCGCUCUGCUGGGCAAUGUUCGCGGGCCGCUGGCAGCCAUCUACCAGGAGCUGCUGGCCCAGGCCAAGAGGGAGAAGGCCGCCAGCACCGGGAGCCGCGAGGACGUGGAGAGCCGGGACAUCUAUGACUGCCACCUGACUCAGGCCGAAAUCCAGGGCCACGUCAGCCACGCCAACAUCCUUGGGGCGCUAGAAGCUGUGGACUGGGCGCUGGAGAGUCGGAGGGCUGAGGCCUUGCUCGAGGCCCUCUGGGACCCUGCCCUGGCCCUGCGGGACGUGAGGAGGGGCUUCGCAGACUGGUACCUGCAGCAGCUGAGCUCAGACAGAGAGCAGAAAGCUCAGGAGCUGGGCCUGGAGGAGCUUCUGGAAAAGGAGGAGGUCCAAGCCGGUGUGGCCGCCGCCAACGAGAGGGGUGAUCGGGAGCUGGCCAUGCUCCGGGCCGUGCGGAGGAUCAACCAGGCCAUCCGGGCGGGAGUGGCCGCUGACACCGUGAAGGAGCUGAGGUGCCCAGAAGCCCAGCUGCCCCCCGUGCACCCCUGCGCCUCGGCCGUGUACCAGCAGGAGCUGGCGAUGCUCCAGCAGCAGCAGCCGGGGGAGCUUGGCCACGAGGAGCUCUUUGUGGCUGUGGAGAUGCUGUCGGCCGUCGUCCUGAUUAACCGGGCCCUGGAGGCCGGGGAUGCCCACGGCUUCUGGAGCAGCCUGGCGAACCCCGCCACGGGCCUGGCCGGGGCAGAAGGCGAGCACGCUCAGCGGUAUUUCGAUGCCCUGCGGGACCUGCGACAAGCUCGUGGACCGGCCGGGGCCUUCCUGAGCUGGAACGACCUGCAGGCCACCGUGAGCUGGGUCAACGCCCGGGCCCAGGAGGAGACUGACCAGGUGCUUGCGGUCAGCCUCAUCAACGAGGCUCUGAGCCAGGGCAGCCCCGAGAAGACCCUGUCCGCCCUGCUGCGUCCUGCGGCCGGCCUGGACGGUGUCCGCCUCCCUGUUGCCUCCCGGUACCAUCUCCUCCUCAUCGCGGCCAAAAGGCGGAAGGCCCAGGGCACCGGGGACCCCGGGGCUGUGCUGUGGCUGGACGAGAUCCGCCAGGAAGUGGCCCGCGCCAACCAGGACACGGACGUGGCUCAGAGAAUGGCUCUUGGCGUGGCCGCCAUCAAUCAGGCCAUCAAGGAGGGCAAGGCCGCCCAGACAGAGCGGGUGCUGAGGAACCCCGCCGUGGCCCUCCGAGGGGUGGUUCCCGCCUGUGCUGCCGGCUACCAGCGAGUUCUGGAAGGUGCCAUGGCUGAGAAGCGGCACCCAGGGGACACAGCUUUCUGGGUUCAACAUGACAUGGAGGACGGCACCGCCUACUACCUCCACCUGCAGACCUUCCAGGGGACCUGGGAGAGGCCCCCGGGCGGCCGCCUCAACACCUCCCACCUGAGCCGUGAGGAGAUCCAGUCAGCCGUCACCACAGUCACCGCUGCCCACGACCGCCAGCAGCUCUGGGAGGCCAGCGUGGGCUUCGUGGUCCAGCUCCAGGCCCGGCUCCGUGGCGUCCUGGCUCGGCAGAGGUUCGCCGAGCGUUCCCGCUUCCUGAGGACCUGGCUCCCCGCCGUCGUCAGGAUCCAGGCUCGCUGGCGGGGUUACAGACAGCGGAAGAUUUACCUGGACCGCUUGCAGUACUUGAAAGCAAACACAGAUGCCGUCGUCAAGAUCCAGGCGUGGGCCCGGAUGUGGGCAGCCCGGAGGCGGUACCGAAGGCGUCUGGGCUACUUCCAGCUGAACGCUGACUCCGCCGUGAAGAUCCAGGCCUUCUUCCGAGCCUGGAAAGCGCGGGGUGACUACAGGAUGCUAGCGCGUGAGCCCCACCCCCCGCUCAGCGUGCUGCGCAGGUUCAUCCACCUCCUGAAUCAGAGCCAGCAGGACUUCCUGGCCGAGGCGGAGCUGCUGAGGCUCCAGGAACAGGUGGUGAGGAGGAUCCGGGCCAAUCAGCAGCUGGAGCGGGACCUGGCCCUCAUGGACACCAAGAUCGGCCUGCUGGUGAAGAGCCGGGCCACUCUGCAGGAGGUGGUCUCCCACUGCAAGAAGCUGACCAAGAAGAAUAAGGAACAGUUGUCAGAUAUGAUGGUGCUGGACAAGCAGAAGGGAUUAAAGUCGCUGAGCAAAGAGAAGCGGCAGAAGCUCGAAGCUUACCAACACCUGUUCUACCUGCUCCAGACUCAGCCCAUCUACCUGGCCAAGCUGAUCUUCCAGAUGCCGCAGGGCAAAACCACCAAGUUCAUGGAGUCCGUGAUUUUCGGGCUGUACAACUACGCCUCCAGCCGCCGUGAGGCCUACCUCCUGCUGCAGCUGUUCAAGACCGCGCUCCAGGAGGAAGUCAGGUCAAAGGUGGAGCGGCUGCAGGACGUGGCGACGGGCAGCCCCACGGUGGUCAGGCUGGUGGUGAGGUUCUACCGUAACGGACGGGGCCAGAGCGCCCUGCGGGAGAUCCUGGGCAGGGUCGUCCAGGACGUGCUGGAGGACAAGACGCUCAGCAUCCACACCGACCCUGUGCACGUCUACAAGAGCUGGGUCAACCAGACGGAGGCCCAGACGGGUCAGCGCAGCCACCUCCCGUACAACGUCACUCCAGAGCAGGCCUUGAGCCACCCUGAGGUCCAGAGACGGUUGGACAUCUCCCUCCGAAACCUCCUCACCGUAGCGGAUAACUUCCUUGUAGCCAUCAUCUCGUCCGUGGACCAAAUUCCCUACGGCAUGCGGUACCUGGCCAAGGUCCUGAAGACCACCCUGGCGGAGAAGUUCCCGGAUGCCGGGGAGGCGGAGCUCGACAAGGUGGUAGGGAACCUCCUGUACUACCGCUUCCUGAACCCGGCCGUGGUGGCGCCCGACGCUUUCGACGUGGUGGCCAUGGCUGCGGGCAGCAUGCUGACCGCCCCACAGCGGCACACCCUGGGGGCCGUGGCCCAGGUCCUGCAGCGGGCCGCGGCUGGCGACACCUCUUCUGGUGACAGCCGACACCUGCGCGUCUUGAGUGACUACCUGGAGCAGACACACCUCAAGUUCAGGAGGUUCGUCUGCCGAGCGUGCCAGGUGCCGGAGCCAGAAGAGCGCUUUGCGGUGGACGAGUACUCGGACAUGGUGGCGGUGGCCAAGCCCGUGGUGUACGUCACCGUGGGGGAGCUGGUCAACACGCACAGGCUCUUGCUGGAGCACCAGGACUGGGUCGCCCCUGAUCACCGAGACCCCUUGCACGAGCUCCUGGAGGAUCUCGGGGAGCUGCCCACCGUCCCUGACCUCGUGGGGGAGACUGCCGCCGCAGAUGGGAUCACGGAGCUGAGCAAGCUGGAGGUGUCCCUGACACUCACCAACAAGUUUGAAGGGCUAGGGACGGAUGCUGGUGACACCAGCGCCCGGAGCCUGCUCCUGAGCGCCAAGCAGCUGCUGGCCGACAUCAUGCAGUUCCACCCCGGAGACUCCGUCUCGGAGAUGCUGUCCAUCCCGGCGCCCAGAGAGCAGGAAGCCGCCCAUGAGAGGCUGAUGUGCCAGCGCCAGGCCUCUGAGGCCCGGACCCCGGAGCCGCUGCGACGCCAUCGCUCGCUGACGGCUCGCUCCCUCCUGCCGCUGGCGGAGAAGCAGAGGCGCGCCCUGCGGGACCUGCGUCGCCUGGAGGGCCUGGGGCUGGUCAGCGCCGAGGACGGCUACCAGGGGCUGCUGGACGAGCUGGCCAAGGACAUCCUCAACCAGCGCAGGCACCGGCAGCGGCGGAGGGCGGAGCUGGUGAAGCUGCAGGCCGUGCUCCGGGGCCUGAGCGCAAAGGCCGCCUUCCACGAGGCGCAGGGCGACUACUACAGCCAGUACAUCCAGGCCUGCCUGGGCCACCUGGCGCCCGGCUCCAAGAGCUCCGGGAGAGGGAAGAAGCAGCCGGCCCUCCGCUACACGGCCGCCCAGCUCCUGGACAAGGGGGUGCUGCUAGGGAUCGAAGGCCUGCCCACCUCUCACUUCAGAGACGUCGUCUUCGACAUCGCGCCGGGAGGCGAGGUGGGGACGUUCGACGUGCACGCCAGGUUCCUGGGUGUGGACAUGGAGCACUUUCGGCUUCACUACCAGGACCUCCUGCAGCUCCAGUACGAGGGGGUCGCUGUCAUGAAACUCUUCGACAAGGCCAAGGUCAAUGUCAACCUCCUCCUCUUCCUCCUCAACAAGAGGUUCCUGCAGAGGUGACAGCGGCAGAGGUGACAACGGCGGUGCCCAUCCCCCACCUCGCUGCAGGCUUUUCUCAAUGCCCAGGCUUCACCGACUCACUGCUCUCGUCCGCUGUAGACACCCAGGCCUCACGCUGGGCAGGCCGGGGUCUGGCCCCUUCCCCAGCUGGGGGACUUGUCCGUCUUGCCGCAGGUGGGGGUCUCCAAUUGGCUAAAAUCAGCUUUGACCCAGAGUCUGGUUAUGUGGCUUUUAAGUCCCCCAAACCCCACGGUUUUCCGGUGGGUAUGAACCCAAGCGGGGUAGAACCCUGCCCCUCGGCCCGGGCAGGCAGUUGCUCUUAUGUCCGCUGCUGCCCUCCCGUGGUCACCCCAAUAUUGCAUGCACUGCUCUGCCGCCGGACUCCCCUCCCUCCGCCUUCCUGCUCUGUGGACCCCAAGGUGAGGCCAGGUUGCCCACCCCCACCCCUACUACAUCAGCCCUGCUGGAGCCCAGCCCCUCCCUCGCCCUUGCCCAGGACAGGGCAGACAGCGCUUGCUGUGGCACUGCCAUCCCCCAGGGACCCCUGCGGCCGGUGGUCUGUUCUGUGUGUGGGUCACAGAGCAUUUAUUCUCCCCCAGGUACUGCACAGCCUUAAUCAUGGUUUUAAUUAUCUCAUCUUUUUGAGCUCAGAGAAAGAGUUCUCAUUUCCUUAUUCAAACGAAUACUUUGCCAGUCUCUUGUGCCUUGUACGUAAAGUCACUGAGGUCGGGGUGGCGGCCCCACAGGGACGCACAGCGGCCUGGUCCUUCUCUCUUUCACCCUCCGGCUCACCCCAUAGCGCGACUCCCCCAGGCCGCCUGGGUGGAGCCACACCUCGUCCCUGCCACCUCUCCGUCUGGCCACCGCGUCUGCGACGUCCCAGCCCUGCCGUCCUCUGGUUUCGUUUUAAUAAAAGCAGCUGUUCCCCACA